AUGGGCGUCAUGAGCGUAACCUCCUCAACAAUAUUCAACUACCCCCCCGAAAUAAUCUACGACUUCGUCUCCAACCCCUCAAACUGGGGCCGCACCUACGCCGGCAGCUCCGGCCUACCCCCAGGCCAAAACCUCUCUCUCCCUCUCAAAGUCGGCGACGUGUGGACCGAAAAAGUCGCUUUGCCAAACAACACGUACCACCCCAAAUGGCUCCUGAGACAUAAGCUGACUUCGUACACCACCAUCUCAGAUCCUUGA